AUGGUUAAUUUGCAAUUACAAGGCGACAGUUUAAAUUUGAUUAAAACAAAGUCCAUCUUAACAGCGUUUCUUGCCAGAGUUAAACUAAUGAAGCAAAAUAUUGGACGGGGCGAAUUUUCUCAGUUCCCCAAUUUGUCACAGACAAGCUGCCAGGAAGACGACGUUUCAACUUACGUUCAACAUUUAAAUGCUCUCUAUUCAGAUUUUGUAUCUAGGUUUGAGGAUAUUUUGACUAUGGUAAUACCACCGUGGAUAAUUAAUCCAUAUGGUGACAUAGAAGAAACGAAUGUCAUAAUACAAGAGGAACUGACUGAACUAAGUACAAACGAAGAACUUAAGGUUCAGUUUAAAAACGGACAUCAGCAAUUCUGGCUGCAAAACAACAUACCCGUUACUUAUCCCGUAUUAUGGAAUAUAGCGAGGAAAUUUUUAAUUUCCUUUCCAUCGUCAUACCUAGUGGAAAGCGGAUUCAGCGCUGUUACCAAUCUCCUAACGAGAAAAAGAAUCAGACUGGACAUCAUUAGCCGAGGAGAUUUAAGAUUAACCCUUACAAAAUUGACGUCAAAUGUUGAUGAUUUAUUAUUAAAGCACCAGGCACGACCCUACUUCCAGACGAUAGGGAGACACCCGCCGGAUUUUUAUGAACGUCGUCAGCAGCCGUAUAAAAACGGUAUUCCAAAUUUAUCUGCAAAGAAUGUACAUAAGAUUCCACCAGAACUUGGUGGUCCAAAUCGUAUGAAAAGAGGCUCUUAUAUUUCAAGGACAUGUGAGAAGAACCACCACUGUCAAAGCAUAAAAUACGACACAAAAGGCACAGUAGCAUAA